UAAGAUUGUGAUUGUGAAGAAAGAGAAUUCAAAAAUUUAUUUUGUAAUAAACGAUUUGUGUGUUGUGUGUGGUGUGAUAAUUGAGUAAACACACGAGUUAAUAAAUCCUGAGGAAUACUAAAAUUAUUAUCUGAAUUUAACGAGGGGACACAUUUGGCGAGGAAAUUUUAAAAACACACAUGAAAAUAUAUAUCAUCACCAGGUGACAUGGCAAUUGGGCAUUGAUUUUAAUGACAAUAAAUAAUGAGGAUUUUAAUAUAACUGAUGUCAUCAAAUAGAUAAAAAAAAAAAAAUAAUACACACACAACAUUAAAUAAUUCCUCAUAAUCCUCAUAAAUCUAUAUCCAAAAAUAUCAAAAUACAAUAACAAAUAAAUACCAUAAUAUAAUAAUAAUAAUAAUAAUAAUUAGAAGAAAAAUAAAUUUGAAAAAAAUAAUGAUAUAUCAAAAUAAUAAUAAAUUAGCAUAAAAUAACAAGUUACAAAUUCAAAAAGUUGUAUCACCACCAUUAAUGGUUAAGAUUAUAAGUGGUUAUCAAGCCAAUGGACAGUAUCCAAAUUUUCAAUCACCAAAUCAAUCAUUAGCAUUAUCACAUACACCUCCACCACUACCACCACCACCUCCACCGCCAAGUCCUCGUCAACAAUCCCCACAUAAUCAUCAAACAUAUUUUAUCAAUGCCAAUACUGAGUAUCAACAAGGACAUCAUUUAAUUCCAACUGAAGUUUAUCAUCCUCCACUUGAAGUUUAUCAAAUGAUGAGUGUUGAAAUGCCACAUUUACAUCGUCAUGGUUUUGGUCCACAAGUUGCAAUGCCAUGUUCAAUGAAUCAACAUUAUCAAAGACGUCAUUUUAAUAGUUAUGAUUGCAAUGCAUUAACAAUGCCACCACCACAUUUAAAUUUUCGUCAAAAUGGUAAUAUAAAUUGUUCAAUUAAAAAACCAAAUUGGCCAAAUAAUAAACAAAGAAAAAAUUCACCAAAGAAUAAUUUUAUAAAUAUUGAUGGUAAUGCUAAUGCUAAUAUUUCAAUGCCAAGAGAACAAAUGCCACAGUAUCAUUUAUUUCCAAUAAGACAACAAAUUACACCAACAUCAUUAUCACCAAUAACACCAACAGCAAUAGCACCAUCAGUAUCAUCAACAGCAUCAUCAUCAUCAGCAUCUUCAUCAUCAUCAAAAACAGAUAAUUAUUGUCACAGUGACAGUGGUACUAAUUCACCAUCACCAACACCAUCUAAAAAUCAACAAGAUAAUCAUUAUGAUGAUAAAACAAUUUUAUCAAAUUUUCAUUCAAAUGUUAUCAAUAAUAAUAAUAAUAAUAAUCACCAUUAUUAUCAUCAUCAUCAUCAUUAUCAACAACAACAACAACAACAACAAUAUGAUAAUUCAAAUGUUAAUGCAACAUUUACACAGCAUCAUUUGAGUCCAUAUGUUACAAGUCAAUCACAAUUUUUACAAUAUCAUUAUUAUCAACAACAGCUGCAACAACAACAACAGCUGCAGCAACAGCAACAACAACGACAAACAAAUUAUUACAAUUCAUAUUUACAAGCAUUAAGAAUGAAUCAACAAAAUUAUCAUAAUAAUAGAAAACGUCAUGAUAAUAAUAACAACAAGAAAAAUAAUAAUGCAUCAUCAACAAUAACAUCAACAUCAACAACAAUACCAUCACGUUGUAAAAAAACACUUGCUGAAAUAUUUAUAUCACCAGUUAAUUUUACAAAUCGUAUAAUACCACCAGAUAAAUUUUUAAAUAAAUCACAUUUAAUGCAAGUUUAUGAUAAACCAAUAAAUUUAACAAAUAAUUGUCAAUGGGAUAAUUUAUCAGUGGACAUAUGGAAUAAAUUUAUUGAAUCACAACAAUCUGAAAAAACUUAUAAAGAUAAAAUUUUAUUAUGGAAAGGUUUGUAUCUUUAUUUUAAACAAACAUAUCCAAAAUAUAAAUUAUAUCUUGUUGGUUCAACAGUUAAUGGUUUUGGUUAUGAAAAUAGUGAUGUUGAUUUGUGUCUAAUUGUGAAAGACAUUGAAAUGAUACCUAGAUAUGAUGCAGUGGAUCAUCUAAAUGAGUUGUGCAAAAAAUUAAGUGAAUGCAGUUUUAUUGAUAAAUGUGAUUUAAUUGAAGCUAAAAUACCAAUAUUAAAAUUUCAUGAUUCAUUGCAUUGUCUUGAUGUUGAUUUAAAUUGUAAUAAUGCUGUUGGUGUUAGAAAUACACAUAUGCUUUAUUGUUAUUCACAAAUUGAUUGGCGUGUACGUCCAUUAAUUAUUGUUGUUAAAUUAUGGGCACAUGUUAAUGGUAUAAAUGAUGCUAGAAAUAUGACACUGUCAAGUUAUUCAUUGACACUUAUGGUCAUACAUUUUCUACAAAGUGGUGUCAAGCCAGCAGUACUUCCAUGUCUUCAUCAACUUUAUCCAUUUAAAUUUAAUACAAUAUCAGACAUUAAAAAUAUUGAUAUACAUGAAAAAUUAGAAUUACCAGAGAGAUCAUAUGAACAAAUUAAUAGACAAUCACUUGGUGAAUUAUUAUAUCAAUUUUUUCAUUAUUAUCAUAAAUUUAAUUUUGAUCAAUAUGCUAUAUCUGUUAGAACACCACAUAAAUUAUUUAUUGAAGAUUGUCGUAGUGUUUUAUCACUUAAAAAUCGUCGUCAUCAAUGGAAUUUAAUUUGCAUUGAAGAACCAUUUGAUUUGACAAACACUGCCAGAGCUGUUUAUGAUAUUGAAAAAUUUAAAAUUAUUAAACAAGUUUUUGCUCAAUCAUUUGAAAAACUUGGUAGCUCACGUAAUCUUGACAGUAUAUUUCAACAAUCAAAUAUUGUAGAAAAAAAAUAUGAUUCAUCACAAAUUAAACAACAAAAUCAAUCAAAAGAUUUAAAUAUUAUUAAUGGAGACAAAAAAAAGGAUAAUAAAUCCAAGUGAAUUUAUAUUAAAUUAUCUUUUUUUUUUUUUUUUAUUUUUUUGCCAAAUAAUCAGCCUAAGUUGAUGAUGAUGGAUUAUUGAUGUUUUUUUUUUUUUUUUUUUUAUUUAAAUUCCGUCAAUAGACAAUUUUGUGAUAUAAAAAAAAACAAAAAAAUAUGAAUAAAUAAAUAAAAAUACUUGGGCUGUGUGUGCAUUGAGUCAAAACGCUGGUGAUUACACUGUGAUAAUAGUUAAUCAUACUGAUAAUAAAUUGAUCAGCGUUUAUUAAUUUAUUAAAAUGAUAAAAAAAUAUAUCGUCUCAGGAAGAGCG